CGCACUUUUUAGAAGUCACGUCAGUUUGGAAGAGGAGUUCGACCCACCUGAUGAUCCUUGGCUCAAUCCGCUCCACAUUACUUACCACAUUAAUCUACCUCUGACAUUAAACCCAUCUGCGCGCGUGCGUUUUCCAUUUCUCAGCAAAUCGCUUUUUGUAACUUCUAGUGAAUAUUUUAACGGAAUAUUGAAGGAGUGGUACGGUCAUUAUCAGUCCCAAAUUGCACUACCGUCUUUCCCUUUUUAAUUUUUUGCACUUGAGCAUUUUUUUGUGAGGAUGCAUACCACCCAAAAGGACACCACUUAUACCAAGAUAUUUGUCGGUGGUCUUCCGUAUCAUACGACGGAUUCCAGUCUAAGGAAAUAUUUUGAAGUGUUUGGCGAAAUAGAAGAAGCUGUGGUGAUUACCGACAGACAGACUGGAAAGUCCAGGGGUUAUGGAUUUGUGACUAUGGCAGACCGCUCUGCUGCAGACAGAGCCUGUAAGGACCCCAACCCCAUCAUUGACGGCAGGAAAGCCAACGUUAACCUGGCUUAUCUUGGAGCCAAGCCACGGGUGAUGCAGCCAGGUUUCACCUUCGGUGUCCCUCAGAUUCACCCUGCUUUCAUCCAAAGACCAUACGGGAUCCCCACUCACUACGUGUACCCACAGGCCUUCAUGCAGCCCAGUGUGGUCAUCCCUCACAUCCAGCCAGCGGCGGCCUCCGCCACCGCAUCCUCGCCUUACAUCGACUACACCGGUGCAGCCUACGCACAAUACGCCAGUGCCGCGACUGCUGCAGCCGCCGCAGCAUACGAGCAGUACCCGUACGCUGCCUCUCCCGCCGCAACCGGCUACGUAGCUACUGCCGGAUAUGGCUACGCCAUGCAGCAGCCACUGGCCACCGCCGCGCCAGGCUCUGCAGCCGCAGCUGCGGCCUUCGGUCAAUACCAGCCCCAGCAGCUGCAAGCCGAACGGAUGCAAUAGCAACCAAAGAGACGGACGGGAGACGCGCAGGGAAUCGACGCCCAGCGACUGCUACUAGAUGAUGAAGAGGAUGGUGACGAAAAUAGUUGCUGGUUGUGGGUUGAUUGCAAGAGGAGGAAGACGAGGAGCAUACAGGAGGGGGAUAGUAAUUAAUAGAGAGAUUAUUAGUGAGAUGGGAACUCCAUUGCUUUCCAACUUGCUGUGAUUAAAGGAAAAAAAACAAAACCAAACAAACAAAAAAAAAAAAAAAAGAUCGCAGAAAAGGACGGAAUCUAGCUUUUUACUAUUAUCAUUAUCAUUAUUAUUAUGUUAUCUUUAUUACUAUAAUUAAUAUUAGAGUAGGAUAUUUAUUGCGAAAGGAGGUAUGCAGCGACUAAUCACUGUGGUAUAGGUGCGUUAUAGACGAAACCUUAAGUCCCGAUGCUGUCAUUUAAUGUAGGCGACCGUUUUUCCGAAGGACACUUGGAAAUGUCCCACAUUGUUUUGAUUCUAGGGCCCCUUACCUUUAUAUUUAUUCUCAUUUUUGAGGGCUCUUUUUGUUCUGUCUUCUUCUCAAGUGCAUUUUUUUUUGAUCAUCAGGGAAAUGGAGCAUUUUUCAGCGAAUUAGAAACGACAAACUCUGCCAAUCAGGGAUAGUAGACCUAACUGUGGCGAAAUGGAGAAAGAUCCAGUGUUAGCAUGUUUUAUGUGUUGUGAACUACCUUUUUAUCUAUCUGAUGCUGAAUGUCCCCCCUUUCUCUGACUCCUGUAUUGACCUCCUGACCUAUGCAAAGCAAACAGGUCGCCAGGGGACAAAACAAAGUGCAGGAACAGGAGAGAUUUUCUUUUGCUCCCCCACAAUGGGCAUCGAACAAUUUGAAGGCACUCUCGAAAAGACAAAAAGACUGAGACUUAUUGUAUUAUAUGCUUACAAAACGCAUGGACUAACAUGAACACAGUUACACACAAAUUUGAAGUGUUAAUGUCUGUCUGUGGGCGAGGGAGGCCACAUAAACACACACACACACACAAAGAUGACUACGUAGGGAGAAAAAAAAGCAUGGGGCAUUGCUCAGUACUAGAAUCAGGGAGCAAUUGCUGUGUUGGAAGGAACAUGCGCGCACACACACACCUAUAUACACACACACACACGCGCACACAUACACACACACAUACACACAUACACACACACAUACACACAUACAUACACAAACACAGUCGGACUGCUCUGGAAAGAUCACUGGUGCUCGUUUAUUGAGCUGUCACCGUUUCAUCCCUGGAACCCGUUCCUCCUCCGGGUCUGUCAACUCUUCUUAUCCUCUUAGAGAGGGUCCAGAAGCUUGAGAACAGACCUGUGCAUUUUCCCAAUAUCAGCUACGGAUCUUUAUCUGGAACACGACGAGGAUCUGGGAUAAGGAAAGGGGGGUUCCUGCAAGCUUUUCAUCCUUUACCGACAAACCGCUAUCGGCUUGGUCUUCAUAUGUUCACUAAGAAAUAUGUCCGAGCACCAGCACACGUAAUAAGGUCUAUGUAUUUCAAUGAGCAACUCUUUACAGAACAGCACUAUAGCGAAAGGAUCCGAAUCCGUACGUACGAGGGUUCUUUGUGUGCCUUACAUUUGUAAUGCUAUUUAAAGACAUCUGCUAUUUAAGAUAUUUAUUUUGAGUUGACUUAUGUUGCGCUCUAAGAUCACUGACUUAGAAGCGGUACUGUAUGGAUAUAAUGUAUUCAUCUCAUGGCAUAUUAUAAGUUAUUGAGUAGGCUUAGUUGUAGUAUUAUUAACAUACUCAACCAAAAAAUGUUGGUGUAGGACUUAUUUAAGAUACAAUUCUGUAUGUGCACUGUACAAUUUUUUUUUUUUUUUUUUUUUUUUUCUCCUUAUUCUUUAUACAUUUGGAAUUUUAGAACAUGACAUUAAAUAUCGGCUAGUGUAUUGCCUAUCGUAUGACAUUUAUUUUAUUGCAGGCCUGUUUUGGGCAUGUUAACUCCAUUUGUCAUAUCCAGAACUGUUUAAAAGACUUAAAAAGAAAAAAAAAAAAAAAAAAAAAAAAAAAACGGACAAAAAAAAAGG